UCACCCGUUGCGUUCCUGGUUCCUCCCACUGAGAGCCAACACUAGCACGAGCUUAGAAAGACGUCUGCGUUCAUAAACGCGUGCCCUAACUUCUGGAUUUGGAAGGUUUACAUCGUUCAGCAGGUGGUUUACAGGCGUUGUUGGUGUUGAUCAAAUUUACCCGCUGAAGAAAGUCGGCAGAGUAUCUGGAACAAAAUGCCUCAUCGAAAGAAGAAAUCCUUCAUCGAAAAGAAGAAAGCUGUGACCUUCCACCUGGUCCACAGAAGUCAGCGGGACCCUCUGGCUGCAGAUGAGAAAGCUCCUCAGCAUGUCCUCCUGCCGGCUGCAAAGGUGGAUGCAGAGAAGAGGCUUGAAGAGCAGAGAAAAUUUGGUGUUUUCUUCGACGAUAAUUACGACUACCUGCAGCACCUGAAGGAGGCGUCAGGCCCCUCGGAGCUGGUGGUGACCGCACCCUCGUUCUUUGACGGAGGAUCCUCUGAUUUCAGAGACGAAGAAGAGGAAAACAAGGUGGAAACCGUGAGCGAGCACACUCCUGAAGCUACAAUCCACCUGCCGUCUUCAGUGUUUGCCUCAGAGUUUGAAGAAGAUGUUGGACUUCUGAACAAAGCUGCUCCUGUUUCAGGACCCCGACUGGACAUGGAUCCUGAUAUUGUAGCUGCUUUAGAUGAAGACUUUGACUAUGACGACCCCGACAACAUGCUGGAGGAUGAUUUCAUCCUCAAAGCCAACUGUGCAGCUGGAGCUUUGGAGACAGAAGGACACUUGGAUGACGACGAUGACGAGUGGGAGGACACGGACGAGGAAGGCGACUUUGACUCGGAGGGGGGGUUUUCAGGCGACGAGCACAUGGAGGGGGACGGUCACGGCCGAGAGUUUCUGUUCAUGGACGAGGAGACAAAGAGUCGCUUCACAGAGUACUCGCUGACUUCCUCUGUGAUGAGGAGGAACGAGCAGCUGAGCCUGCUGGACGACCGCUUUGAAAAGUUUUAUGAACAGUUUGAUGAUGACGAGAUCGGAGCUCUGGACAACGCCGAGCUGGAGGGCUUCAUUAACCCUGACAGCGCCCGCCUGGAGGAAGUCAUCAAGGACUACUUCAAACAAAAAGAGAAAGACUCCCUGAGGCCUGAAGAUUUGGGUCCCAAAGAACUUACUGUUGUAAAGGAGGAGGAGGAAGAUGAGGAGGAAGAAGAGAUGGAGACGGUUGUCAUAGAGGCUUCUCAGGAGAAGUGGGACUGUGAAACCAUCAUCAGUGAGUCUUUGUUCAAACGAAUAUAAAGUCUUUUGGCUACC